AUGCGAUGGUCACUGCACAGCAAGUUACCGGUUUUGGCAUCACUUGCUGUUCAUUUUAGAAGAAGAAUGCUAGUGAAUAACAAACAGUUAACUCUUUCACUGUGGUCAGCAGAUGCUUGUCUGACAGUUGACGAAGACAUCAGAUUAAAUCGAAGUCAUUAUUUGGAAAGACCUAUUGGCGACUAUCUACAAUUUCUCCAAUUCCUGAGAUUGUUUUUAUGUUUAUCCCAUUGGAUGAAAUUUGGCCAUAAUUUGUUUGGAGAAGGAAGAAAAUGAUGCUCAACAAAGAGGUCUCUACGUCAAUUUUAUCCUCGAAAGCUUUCAGACUGCAGUUUUCUACACGGAUGACAAUUUGCUUCUAUUCCAAUGCAGUAACAAGAGGAAACUGAAAGCGAUAACACUCUUCAAAUUGACAUGAGGGCGCAAACGUCAAUUACAAGGAGCAAAGAAACAAAAUAUCAUUGUUUAGCUUUUUGUUUUCUUCUCUAUAUUAAGUCAGACCUUUG